AUGGGCGACGACUUUAGAGUUUUUGGGUCUCCUAUUAGCGUUCCUGCUUUUGGUAAACUAUCUGGAGCUCCCAAGAAAAAUACUGGAUCUAAGGAAGUUCUUCGUUUGGGUGAACCAUUUAGAGCUCCUGAGAAGAAUAUUGGGUCUAUUUUUAGAUAUUCUACGACUAGCGAUGGCUCUAAACCAGCUAACGAUUCUUCUUUUGCAUCUUGGAAUCCCAAGAGUCAUCUUGGAACUACUAAGAGGACUUCUAAUGAUGACUCUAUAGAUGCAACCAAAGUUCCUCCUUUUGGUAAUCCGUUUGGCCCUGUCCGUGAAUCUGAUGACGUUCCUCCCGAUCCCGACAGCCUUCGCAACGGAUCAUAUUUCUACCCUAAUGGAGAUAGCAUACACGAAGGACCUGAUGGAAGCGUUACCAGAAGAUAUCAUGAUGGCACCGUUAUCGAGACAGGUUCAGAUGGAAUCUCUGUUUAA